AUGACUGAUAUUAGCGAAUUAAUUGCUUCUGUAUACAAUAGAGUGUAUGCAUUGGUGGAUCAUAAUAUUUACAAUACUUUAGAAAAACGAUAUGAAUUUAAAAAACAAAUUAUUCUUGCCGAUAAAUUUCUUACAAAAAAUGAAAAAUCAGUAUUAAUAUGUUUAUUAAAUAUUAAAUUUGAUAAUGACAAAGUUCUUUUUAAUAGGGGAACAAAAAGAAUUUGUGAAAAUUGUAACCAAGAAUGUUUAGCUAAAUCAUAUUGUGAAUAUUGUAUUCGGAAUCAUUUAAAAAAAAAUUUUUCAAAUUGGGCGUCUGGAAAUACUAACAUUGAUGAUCUAAUACAAAAUUGUCAAAUAGAUUCAUAUGCUCCAUACAAUAUAGUGGAAUGGAUUUCAUAUGAUAACUUACAAAAUAUUAAAUAUUUAACUGAAGGUGGAUAUUCUGAAAUUUAUACGGCAAAUUGGAUUGAUGGAGCUUACCAUGAUUGGGAUAAUAAAAAACAACGAUUAAAAAGAUAUGGAAUGCUUAAAGUGAUACUUAAAAAAUUAGAAAAUGUUGAAAGUGCUAAUAGAAGUUGGUUUGAUGAGUGUAAAUCUCAUUUAUCUAUAACCAACAAAUGGUCGAGUAUAGUGCAAUGUUACGGGUUAACAAAAGAUCCAUCAGAUGGAAAUUAUAUGCUUGUAAUGAAACAAAUGGAUAUGGAUUUAAGAAAAUAUUUACAACAAAAUUUUCAUAAACUUAACUGGAAAGAAAGAAUUAACAUUAUGUCAAAUAUAAUUGAAGCACUUUAUAGAAUUCAUAAUGAAAAUGCAAUUCAUAGGGAUUUGCAUUCUAAAAAUAUAUUAUUAUCUACAGAAAUUAGAGCAUUCUACAUUAGUGAUCUUGGAUUUUGUGGACCAGCUAAUAAACCAUUAAAUGGUAUAUAUGGAAAUCUGCCUUAUAUAGCGCCAGAGGUUAUUGCUAAUAAAGAAACCACUUUUGCAUCUGAUAUUUAUAGUAUUGCAAUGCUAAUGUGGGAAAUUUCAUCUGGUCAACCACCUUUCAUUAAUUUGGAACAUGAUUGUGACUUAGCAUUGCGGAUAAUAAAUGGAAUGAGACCAAAAAUAAUUCCAAGAACUCCAUAUGAAUAUAGAAUAUUAAUGGAACAAUGCUGGGAUGCUGAUCCAGUAAAAAGACCUAAAAUUGAUUACCUUUUAAAUGAAAUCGAAAAAAUGAAAAGACUAUAUCAUCAAAACGAAAAUGAUGAACAGCAGAUAAAUAAUGAAGUAUGCAUAACAAAUUAUUAUACAGAUUCUAGCUCUGUUAAUUCAUUAGUUGAAAAAAUUGAAGAUUUUGUAUUUAAAAGAACUGAACAUCAAAUUGGACAAUAUGACUUGACAAUAAUCACAGACGAGAAAAAAGAAGAUAUAAUUAAAUCUAAAAAAAUAAAAUUAAGUGAGAAUAAAGGUAAAUUCCAAUACUCACAAAUGAAUUAUGUUACAAAUAAUAAUGUUCAUCAAACCAUCGUCGGCUGCCUAGUUCGAGGGGAAUAUGUUUCCCACUACUUCGGUGAUAAUGAAGAGGCAUUUGAGGUAGAAAAGGCACCAGUAUAUCUGGUAUAG